AUGUUCCGCUUCACGCGCCCUCUCCUCAACGCGGUACGGAAGCCGACUACGGGCCUCACCGGCCUCAAGGUCCAUCAUGACCCUCUUCCCGAGCUGAAGAAGACAUACGAGGCCACCCUUCAGACUCUCUCCGCCAUCCCCCAAUCAUCCGUCUACCGCCAGGGCGCGGAGGCGCUCACGCUGCACCGGCUGAAGGCCGUGGAGAAGGCGAACGGAGACAUCACUGCGCUGGAGAAGGAGCUGGACGAGGGCCACGUCGAGGAGUCGCUAGAAAUUGCGCAGGAUGAGCUUAGUCUCGCAGCCAAGAUGCUCGAGUGGAAGGCGUGGGAGCCCCUGGAGGAGCAGCCGCAGCCUGGUCAAUGGCAGUACUUUGGGAAGGAGGCGACAGCGACGACAUCAUCUUGAGUGGCGUUAAUAGCAGACACCUUCUGCCCUCUAUUCUGAACGUCUCCCCGCGUGUCCCGAUAGACGCAAAUGUGAACCCAGGGAUAUAUGUCGGCGACUAUCAUACCGCCGGUUCAAC